GGAUCACUCCAACUGGACCUUUGCUCUUCAUUUUUCAGCAUCACUUGACUUAUUUAAUCUAAACGAUGACUUUGUCUCUGUGGAAAUUCGGACUUCUGAUCAUCAGCCUCAUAGAAGCGAAUGAACUCCACGACUUUCCAAAAAAUUUUGUUGUGGCAAAAUUGAACGACGCAAAGCCAGUCACGCUGACCUGCAGCACAAACAGUGACGAAGAAGUCAUGUGGAAGUUUGAAGGGGAAGUGUUGGAGAUUGAGGAUAAUAUCGAGCAGGUCGGGCAAAAUCUGAACGUGACAGACGUGGAACCCGCCUUGCUGGGAGAGUACAGCUGCUGGAGAGGAGGAGAGAUGUUAUCCUCGACCCACCUGCUGCUGGAGGCUGAGGAUGAAGAGGAAUUAGAUUCCCUCAUCACUUGUAUGGCAAAGUCUUAUCACUGCAACUUCAGCUGUAUGUUGAGCAACAGUGUAUUCAAAGCAGUGCGCGUCGGACUUGGCCAAGACUGCACUGAAGGAGGGAAGUUGUGUCACUGGAUCAGCAGUGGUGAUCAGAAUUGGGACGGGGGAUUCCAGUUUGAGCUGUCGCACUCCCUGUCACCCUACGCUGAGGAAAGCACCAAGCUCGAACUCACCGCUGAGGCCAUUGUUGACCUCAAUUUCCACAGGACAACAAGGAGAUUUUAUCUCCGAGACAUUGUUCAACCCGACAGUCCCCAGAUUGGCAUGUGUCAGGAGUUGGAGCUGGACCUGAACGUGACCAUCGAUCCUCCAUCCAGCUGGUCCACGCCUCACAGUUUCUUCGGUCUGGAGCAUGAGAUUGAAUACGUGUUCAAAGAUGAUGGGACGACUGGCCGCUCUAAAUCUUCACUGGUACCGAAGAGCAUCAGCAAGCUGAGGGUUCGCUCCAGAGAUUCGCUGGUGCUCUCAACCUGGAGCGAGUGGACUCCUUGGAAAAAUGUAACCAAUUGA